CAUUCCUUCCUGAAAUCAGCUGGGGAUCCCAGUCUAGAAAUCCCCUGACAGCCCCGCAGCCUAAAUGCUUCUCACGCCUCAGAACCACCCCACCCCCACCCGACACACCUUCGCCCGUCCUGGUGCCCUCGGAACCCCUCGUCCUGCGGAUUUCCCGCACGCCCACCUUCUCCCCGGGAUGCCCCGAAUGCUUCCGCCGCCCUGACAUUCCUCUGACCCAUCACACCCCUCCCCGUUCUCCUUGCACCAUGUUCACAUCCAUAAAACUGCCCAGGUUCCCCCAGCCCUCGGAUGUAUUCUGAGUCCUCAUAACCCCCUCUUAACUCCGUGCCCCAUGCAACCCUAUCCCAGACCAGAGCUCCCUUCUCCUGUCCCAUCCACUGUAAUGCCCCUCGUCGGGCUGUCAUCAGAUGUUUCUUACAGAGAAGGGGACAGAAGAGGUGCAGCAGCCGCCUCCAUCUUGCGCCCUAUACUUAGUUCUUGGUUUCACCCCAGACUCCUUGGGAUGGCUCAGGCCCCAGUAUUUUCCCCAGCCGCCGCCUGUCUCUAGGCUGUGCACACCGCCCUCAGCCUGCUACCACCUUCCAAAGAAAAAAGCCAGACCAAGAGGGUGGGGGUCUUUCCACCUGGGAAGUUUUCCAAGCAUACGAGUACAAGAGGUCCUGGGAAAUGAUCCUGUUUUUCCGGAAAGGAAGGUGAGCCCCGGGUGUGUCCCAGAGAGAUCCAGGUGACUUCUCUGCAGACUGCUUGCCAUGACGCCCCACCAAGAACAGGGGGACUAAAGUGGGGGUCCUUCCCCAUGCCCCUCCCAGAGUCAGUUUCCCGAUGGCCUAGGUGAGGGUGGGCCGGCUGCUCUGACACCAUGGGGAGCUGCUGCAGCUGCCUGAAUAGAGACAGCAUCCCAGACAACCACCCCACCAAGUUCAAGGUGACGAAUGUGGAUGAUGAGGGGGUGGAGCUGGGCUCCGGGGUGAUGGAGCUGACACAGGGCGAGCUGGUGCUGCACCUGCAUCGGCGGGAGGCUGUCCGCUGGCCGUACCUCUGCCUGCGGCGCUAUGGCUAUGAUUCCAACCUCUUCUCCUUUGAGAGUGGCCGUCGGUGUCAGACGGGCCAGGGGAUAUUUGCAUUCAAGUGCUCCCGGGCCGAGGAGAUCUUCAACCUCCUUCAGGAUCUGAUGCAGUGCAACAGCAUCAACGUGAUGGAAGAGCCAGUCAUCAUCACCCGCAACAGCCACCCGGCCGAGCUCGACCUCCCGCGGGCCCCACAGCCUCCCAACGCUCUAGGCUACAGUGUCUCCAGCUUCUCCAACGGCUUCCCUGGAUGCCCAGGAGAGGGCCCGAGAUUCUCGGCACCCCGGCGCCCCUCCACAAGCAGCCUUCGACACCCCUCACUGGGAGAGGAGUCCACCCACGCCCUCAUUGCCCCCGAUGAGCAGUCCCACACUUACGUCAACACGCCGGCCAGCGAGGAUGACCACCGCCGGAGCCGGCACUGCCUGCAGCCGCUGCCUGAGGGGCGGGCACCCUUCCCCCCACGGGCCCCGGGCCCUGACCAGCGGGACCCGCAGGUGUUCUGGCAGCCGGGCCAGGUGAAGUUCGUGUUGGGUCCCACGCCUGCGAGGCGGCACAUGAUGAAGUGCCAGGGUGUCUGCCCCAGCCUUCGUGACGCCGCUCACCACAACAACAACGAGGGCCCUUCCGAGUGCCCGGCCCAGCCCAAGUGCACCUACGAGAAUGUCAGCGGGGGGCUGAGGCCGGGGGCCAGCUGGAGACUGAGCCCCGAGGAGCCAGGCUGGAAUGGCCUUGCCCACCGCCGGGCUGCCCUGCUGCACUAUGAGAACCUGCCCUCCCUGCCCCCCGUGUGGGAGAGCCAUGCCCAGCAACUGGGGGAGGAGGCCGGGGAUGACGGGGACUCCAGGGACGGGCUCACACCCUCCUCCAAUGGCUUCCCCGACGGCGAGGAGGACGAGACCCCCCUGCAGAAGCCCACCAGCACCCGUGCUGCCCUCCGCAGCCACAGCAGCUUCCCCGUGCCACUGACGCGCUGCAGAGGCUCCCCAAGGGUCUUCAACUUCGAUUUCCGUCGGCCGGGCCCCGAGCCGCCGAGGCAGCUCAACUACAUCCAGGUGGAGCUGAAGGGCUGGGGUGGAGACCACCCCAAGGGGCCCCAGAACCCCACGACCCCCCCAACCCCCCUGCCCACCACCCACCCUGCCCGCAGCUCAGACUCCUACGCCGUGAUUGACCUCAAAAAGACCGUGGCCAUGUCCAACCUGCAGAGGGCUCUGCCCCGGGACGAUGGCACCGCCCGGAAAACCCGGCACAACAGCACUGACCUGCCUCUGUAGGGGCCUCCGCCGCCGCCGCGGGCCAGCUCCGCCCACGCCUGUCCUCCGAACCCACACACCAGGGUUCAGGGGUGCUCUGCAGAAGGCACUGAGGUGGGGCCAGAUGCCUCCCUGUGCUGGCCAGAGUCCCCAAAGACACCAGCCACUGAGUGGCCUGGUCUCCCAGCGGGGAGAGGAGGUGACCAGGUGAGGAGGGAGCCGUGAUGGAAACUGUGAAGGGCCCUGUGACUGCAUUUAGCGCCCUCCCUCACGUCCAUUUGUCUUGUCUGUCAUCUGUGUAUUUUUUUGGUUGAAAUUUUGAAACAUUUUGUACCUGUUGAUUUUAUUUAUCAGUUUAUUUUUCUAUUUAUUGUUUCAAAUGUAAUUUAACAUAUUUAUUAUUAAUAUAAUUAUUUUUAAAUUCUG